AUGGGGGAGGAGAACAUGGCAGCAGAGUUCUGGCAAGAAGACAGCGACUGCGUUGAUGAGCAUGAGAAGGAAAUGAUGUUAGAGCCUUCUAAAUGUGCUUUUCAGAACAUUGAGGAUGUGGCUGUUUCUGGAGGAGCUCGUCUCACUGUCAGCCCCAAAAUCUCUCAGCUGUUUGAAGGGGACUUUGUGUCUCUGGUCUGUGAGGAGGAGGACAGCUCUGCUGGAUGGACGGUGAUGAGAAACACCACCAGAGAGACCAGAACUCCUUGUGGAAGCUGUUGGGGAGAAGCAGCUGGUUCCUCCUGUAACAUCAGUCACACUGUUGCAUUUGAUUCUGGAGUUUACUGGUGUGAAUCCAGAGAGGGAGCAACCAGUAACAGCAUCAACCUCACUGUCACUGGUGGAUCAGUGAUCCUGCAGAGUCCUGUCCUCCCUGUGAUGGAGGGAGAUGACCUCACUCUGAGCUGUCAAUCAAAGCCUCCCUCCAACCUCCCAGCUGCUUUCUAUAAAGAUGGCUCCCUCAUCAGGACUGAGUCUACAGGUCACAUGACCCUCCACCAUGUUACCAAGUCUGAUGAAGGUCUCUACAGGUGUAGCAUCAGCAGUCAUGGAGAGUCUCCACCCAGCUGGAUCUCUGUCACAGGUAAACCUACAACCACACCUCUGCUAUUUUCUGUAGCUUCGCCCCCUGCUUCAUCCUCCCUCCGUCUUGUGUACACUUUGCUCCUCCACCUGCUGGUAUUCUGUCCAUACUUCAUCUCCACCCUCCUCAUGGUGUCUUUAUAUCGACGCAGAAACACAGGUGAAGGUGGAGGGCUGAGGCGGAGCGUCUCCGCCUGCUCCUCCACCCAGAGGAGACUCAUGGUGAACCCAGACCUCAACAGGUCUGAUCGAGGGACGGCUCUGGGAAUCAAACUGCCAACCCUCCGGUCAUUGGACGACCUGCUCUACCGCCUUAGCCACUGCCGUCCCAAACGUUACUGA